CCUCCGUGGGACCCUGCGAAGCAGGAGGAAGGGAGAAGCGAGAGCCCAGCCACACCCCUGGGCCACCGUGUGACUGCGGGGACCCGGCGCUGGGGCGCCACUAGGCCAGCAGCACCAUGAGCCUGGGCAUCAUGGAGGAGGAGGACCUCGCUGAGUACUUUCGGCUGCAGUAUGGGGAGCGCCUGUUACAACUGCUGCAGAAGUUCCCCAACAUUGAUGAGCAGUUGGAGUCCCCGUCCAUCCGGCUCCUGGAGAAGAAGAAGGAGGCCAAGAUCAUGCACCGAGCCAUGGAGCAGAAGAAGGAGACGUUUCAGCGCAGGAUGGAAACGCUGAACCUGCGCUGGGAGGAGCUGGGCAUCAAGGAGGCUCAGCUGAAGGCCCACAUCCAGAAGUUUGAGCAGUUCAUCCAGGAGAACGACCAGAAACGGAUCCGUGCCCUGAAGAAAGCCAACAAGGAGCGGGAGCUGAAGAGGCAGCGGGUGCGCGAGCUGGCCAAGGCCAAGCAGGAGAUGGCGGCCCUGAGGCUGGAGCACCAGAAGCUGAGCAUCAAGCUGCAGGACUACUCCAUUUUCAACAAGUACCUGGAGAAGGUGGUGGAGAACUCAGAGUUCGAGGAGAUCCACGAGGUGAUUUCACGCUACAAGACGCUGGUAAGCAUGCACCAGGACCUCAUGCAGUCGGCGCAGGAGGGCCAGGAGAAGAUCGAGCGGGCCAAGGCGAGGCUGGCGCGCUACAUGGAGGAGAAAGAUGACGAGAUCCUGCAGCACAACAACGAACUGGCGCGUCUACAGAUGCGCUUCGACCGAGCCCGCAGCGAUGUCAUCAUCUGGGAAUCUCGCUGGGCACACAUCCAGAACACUGCAGCCAAGAAGACCCUCUUGCUUGGCACCAUUAAGAUGGCCACACUGAACCUUUUCCAGAUCGUGAGCAAGCAGCUGAAGGAGACCACCACUGUGUCCCUGGAGGACACGCACAAACAGCUGGACAUGAUCCAGCAAUUUAUCCAGGAUCUGUCAGACAUCUGGGCAGAGGUGAGAAAGAAGGAACAGCAGCAAAUCCGGGUUUAAGGCUGCAGUUCUAGAAUGUUCUGAGACAGCAACUCAGAGAGACUAAGUUCCUGGUGAGCUUGUGGUCCCAUCAGCGCAGCCCAGCCUUCUGGGACCCCCCUUGUCGUUCUGCUAGCGAACACCCUGUGCUAUGUCCCCCAUCAGGCCUCCAACCAUCCCCAUCCCUGAGCAUUAAAUUCUGUAAGAUGAUUGUUUCUAA